AAUAGAACAUUUGGAUUCAGAGGAUCUGGCCAGAUUUCCGGAAGUGGUAUUCGGGUACCUUUCACCAGCCAUGAUUGUCAUCAGCACACCAAACUGUGAAUUCAACCCCCUGUUUCCCACAGUGACUCUGAGAGAUGCAGAUCAUAAAUUUGAGUGGAAUAGAAUGGAGUUUCAAACCUGGGCUUUACAAGUGGCUGACCGCUACAAUUAUUGCGUGGAGUUUACAGGAGUUGGGAAGCCACCUGCGGGAGCCGAACACGUUGGGUUCUGCACCCAGAUAGGUGUCUUCCAGAAAAACACUGGGAAAGCCACACAAUCUUGUGUUUCAAAGCCAUUCGACCACCAUGUUUAUAAAGCUGUUUAUACGACCUCCUACCCGAGUUUGCAGCAGGAAAGGAUGCUCAAAUUUGUACUGGUCGGGGAAGUGUUGAUACAAGUGGAACGUCUGAGACUGAGACAUGGGCGGAUGCUUCGAGAACAGAAGAGGGAAGCAGAUACUAAGCCAGAUUCCUCCGAGUCCUCCCCAGACCCCCACCUAGUAUUGGGAGCAGUCUUCACAGAGGCCGAAAAAGACAGGAUAGAGAAUUCUCCCAAACCCUUCUGUGAAGGAGAUAAGUUUUUUGUGCCCCUAAAAAGACUCCUUGCGUAUCCCAAACUGCUCCGCUUUCAGGUGGAUGAGGACAAGAUGAGGGCUCUCAUUUCUGAGUCGGUGUGUUUGAGCAGUGAUGGUUCUGCAGUCGUGGUCAACCUGCAUAAUUCCUGGGAUUAUCGGCCCGAAGAUAACUGAGCCAUCCACGCUUCCUGAAGUUAAAGGUCUCACUUGGAGUUUAAACUUUGGACGGUCCUAAUUCAAGGAUCACUUAGAAAGCUUUAUAUGGAUGUCAGGUCCUAAAAUGCUGGACAGGUGCCUGACCUAGAGCCAGACUGCUCUUUACCUGAGAAAGGUGUUAGGGUUUAACUAAAAGUAUAUUUCUUUUCUUUUCUUUUUUUUUGGGUG